UUAUAGAAAACACAAAUGUCCGCGGGCUUGGUUUUAAAGUGAGACGAUUUUUUAUACCGAGUAUUUUUUUUUUUUCUUCUACCACCAGGCCAGAGGACCGAAGAAGCACCUGAAGCGCGUAGCGGCGCCGAAGCACUGGAUGCUUGAUAAAUUGACAGGAGUGUUUGCUCCUCGUCCAUCUACUGGUCCACACAAGCUAAGGGAAUGCCUUCCACUCAUUAUUUUCCUAAGGAAUCGGCUGAAAUAUGCCCUAACUGGAGAUGAAGUCAAAAAGAUUUGUAUGCAAAGGUUCAUCAAGAUUGAUGGCAAAGUACGCACCGACAUAACCUAUCCUGCUGGGUUUAUGGAUGUGAUUAGCAUUGAGAAGACAGGUGAGCAUUUCCGACUAAUCUAUGAUAUCAAAGGACGCUUCACAGUGCAUCGCAUUACUCCUGAGGAAGCAAAGUACAAGCUUUGUAAAGUAAGAAAAAUCUUUGUUGGCACCAAGGGAAUUCCUCACCUUGUAACUCAUGAUGCCCGCACAAUCCGCUAUCCAGAUCCUCUCAUCAAGGUUAAUGAUACAGUGCAGAUUGACUUGGAGACUGGAAAGAUAACACAAUUUAUCAAGUUUGACACAGGCAAUCUUUGCAUGGUUAUUGGUGGUGCCAACUUGGGUCGUAUUGGUGUCAUCACCAACCGGGAGAGACAUCCUGGUUCCUUUGAUGUGGUCCAUGUGAAGGAUUCUGCAGGCAACACCUUUGCUACCAGACUCUCCAACAUCUUUGUUAUUGGCAAGGGUAACAAGGGUUGGGUUUCCCUGCCUCGUGGAAAGGGUAUCCGGCUCACCAUUGCAGAGGAAAGAGACAAGAGGCUUGCGGCCAAACAAAGCAGCAGCUAAUUAGUCCACAAAAGACAUUGUUCAAUGAUUUAAGAGAGAAUAAAAAAUAUUGUUUACCUGUA